AUGAGCACCUGGGCCUUCCCCUCCACCCUUUUCCUGCUCUGCUUGACUUCUGAAAGCCUGCAAGGCUGGCUACCUCCAUUGUCUCCUAGCCUGGGGAAAGGCUUAGGAGGCUUGAAUGGCUAUCCAUCAGGCUAUGGCCCCCCCAGUGGUCUAGGAGCAGGCAUUGGAGGGGUCGUGAAACCCCAGAAGUCCGGUGUCUCUCCAGAGUUUAGGAACGGGAAUGGGCUGGGAGUCAGGGCCUUCCCAGGUGCUGCCACCCAGCCAGGAUAUGGAAAUGGGCUGGGAGCUGGUGACUUCCCAGGGCCGGGAGCCCAGGCAGGACUCAGCAGCAGGAAUGGGCUAGGAGCUGGGGCCUUCCCAGGAGUUGGAGCCCAGCCAGGACAGGGCAUGGGCCAUGGCCUGGGGGCCCAGCCAGGGUUUGGGACCGGGAAUGGAGCCCAGCCGGGCUUCGGAGCUAGUGUGAGACCCCAGAAGCCAAGAUUUGGGAAUAGCUACAGGCUGGGAGCCCAGCCAGGCAUUGCUGAGGCCAUGAAGCCUCAGAAGCCAGUUUAUAGGAAUGGGCUGGGAGUUGGAGCCUUCCCAGGUGAAGGGCCCCAGCCAGGCCUGGGAGGGGGCUUGAGCCCUCCGAAGCCAGCAUACAUAUCAGGGAAUGGGCUGCAGCUCCCUCCAGGUCUGGGAGGGGGUUUGAAACCUCAGAAACCAGGAUAUGGCAAUGGCAAUGGGCUGGGGGCCCAGCCAGGUCCCUGCAGUGGUGGGGUCCCUCCGUGACUUCUUGCCAGGCCUCCCACUCCAGGGAUCCCUUCAGAUAAAGCAGGUGGCUGGGGCCUGAAAUCCCAGCCCCCUCCCCCAGUGCAGAACGGCAAGUUCCCAGGGUACCAGCCUCCGAAUGGCUACAGACCAGGAGCAGAACUGGGCUUUGGUGGUGGCCUCAAGCCCCAGAAAGUCGGUGAGCCCCCGGGUCCCCAUCUUGGGCAUGAGCUAUGUCUCCCUCACAGUUUUGGUUACAGGAAUGGUGGUCUGGGAUCCGGGGUCUUCCCUGAGGCCCGCGCACAGCCAGGGUUCCCUGGGACUGAUGGCUUUUGGAAUGGUCAGGCCGGGGCCCCGAGGGGCUCUCCCUGGCCCUCCCUCCAGCCCUGGGGGGCCAACUUGAGGCCUAGAUAUGGGGCCAGAGGUGCAUAUCCAGAGGUCAGGAGCCAGCCAGGGGGCCCUGAGGUGAAGCGAGGCAGCAAUGGCCUGAUGGGAAAUGGCUAUGGAGGGCGGCGCGUGGCCACCUGCUGGAGAAACAAGGCCUCCGCGGACUAUGCGCGCUCGGCCCUGGCGCGGCGGUGGUGGCCAAGCUGGCGUCCCGGCUUCCUCGCUCCCGCUCGCAUCCGCGGCUGGCCCGCGCCCGCGCCCACUCGCGGUUAG